AUCUAAUAGAUAUGUAUAAAUGACUAAUUUAAUGUUUUAGUUGAUAAAAUGUUGGAUGGUGAUGAAACAAAACACACUGAGCAGACAGAUCGGAGGUAACAAAUAAACUUUGACUGAAAUUAGUUAACCUCCCAGUUCCCAAAUGAAUCACGUGACCUCAUUAGAUCACUAAAGUGACAUUUAGAUUAAAUACUUUUUUUGUUAAGCAUUUCUCAACAGGAUUCAACUGCUAAACAGAGUUAAAAAAAGUUUUUUAAGCUUAAAUCAGAAUAUUAGGAAAUAAAUAAAUAAAAUUUGAAAUUAAAGAAGAAACUGAAAUUGAAGAUUGAAGCUAUUAAAUAUGAGUAAUUUAAAGUCAAUCUAUUACGUUGAAAAGAAGAAAAAAAAGACCUUAACUGAUGCACAACAGUCCGGAUAAAAGGGAUCUUUUACGCAUGAAUCAUUCAUCGUCCGAGGGCCUCCGCCUCCCCCACGGAGGACAAAAAGAGACUCCCGACACCUCCACAUGGAGAGGAAAGCCCCAGGUUCUGCUGUGAGGACCGGUUCCGUGACUUUUUAGGACGUUUUCGGUCUCUGGAGGAGAAAUUACGCGUGCGUUUCCAGCCGGAUUUUGGGAUUGAAUUGCGCCCUGCAGGAGCAGGAGUUUCCAAAUCGUUUAAUCUUGAAGAGAAACAACAUUUGAAGCUGUUUUCUUCAAAUUCUCUGUGUGGACAGCUCGCCCCCCCUCCACCAUGCUGCCCGCUCAGGAGGCGGCCAAAAUCUACCACACCAACUACGUGCGUAACGCGCGAGCCGUGGGCGUCAUGUGGACGGUGUUCACCAUCACCUUCGCCGUGAUCAUCAUGGUCGUGUUCAUCCAGCCCUACUGGAUCGGGGACAGCGUGCACACCCCGCAGGCCGGCUACUUCGGCCUCUUCCACUACUGCAUCGGGAACGCGCUCACCUCGGAGCUCACCUGCAAAGGGAGCGCGCUGGACUUCGGCUCCAUCCCGUCCGGAGCCUUCAAGACGGCCAUGUUCUUCGUGGGCAUCUCCAUGCUGCUGAUCGUGGGCAGCAUCGUCUGCUUCAGCCUCUUCUUCUUCUGCAACGCGGGGAGCGUCUACAAGAUCUGCGCCUGGAUGCAGCUGGCCUCCUGUACCUGCAUGGUGAUCGGCUGCAUGAUCUAUCCUGACGGUUGGGACUCUGACGAGGUGAAGCGCAUGUGCGGCCAGCGGACCGACAAAUACACUCUGGGAAACUGCACCGUGCGCUGGGCCUACAUCCUGGCCAUCAUCAGCAUCAUGGACUCGCUCAUCCUCUCCUUCGUCGCCUUCAGCCUGGGCAGCCGGCAGGACAAGCUGCUGCCUGAGGACUUCCAGGUGGAGGAAAAAGAUAAUGCAUAACCCCUGACAGCGGUCCAUCAUCCUCCUGCUGUUGGUCCGCGUUCAGCUUCCAGAAGAACCCACUCCUCCAUCAAAGUUUCAGAGGAGUUCCCAAGAUUUUUUCUUUUUAGUGUAACAAUCCUCAUAGCUUUUAUAUAUUCCUGUGAAUUUAAAUUAUUUGUACUGAAUUCCAAUAAAAUUUCACUCUAUUAAAUCCAGAGUUUACUUUCUGUAACAACAUAACUAGAGCUGUCAAAUUAUUGCGAUUAAUGAAUUAAUUGCAGACAUUUUAUCAUUUUAUUUAUUUUUUUAUCACGUUACUCUCUUGUUUCCCUGAAGUCUGUUCAUUGAAGUCAUCAUAGAAAGGUAUUAUUUCAUGGUCAACCUCAAAUAACUUUCAACAUUUUACUGUCCGUAAAAAUAUAUUUUGUCAAAAUUAUACAAGUUAAAAAUAAGUACAAGAUAACAACAAUAAAAUAAGAUGAUCUGGAGGGCCGAAUCCGGCCCCCGGGCCUUGACUUUAACACGUGGUCAACAGGAAGUGGAAGCUAAAAGCAAGUCCAGAUCCACUUUUGACUGCAGGAUCCUCCAGAAAGACCUGCAGACUCUGGAGUUGUGCUGCUCUCUUCUACUGUCAGGAGAAACUCGAUAUGGAAGAGUCAUCAGAAGAUAACCUCUUCUACUUCCUCACCACAAAACUCAACGUUUGAAGUUCAUAAAUGAACAUAGAAACAAGCUUGAUGCAUUUUGGAAGCAAGUUCUGUGGACCGACCAGUUCAAAUGGAACUUUUUGGCCUCAGUGAGCAAAGGUCCAUUUGGAGAAGAAAUGGUCCAGAGUUUAAUGAAAAACAACCUCUGUCCAACUGUUAAGCAUGGAGAUGGAGGAAUCAUGAUUCGGGCUUGUAUUACAGGGAACAUUUCAUCAGUAGAAGGAAGAAUUGAUUCCACUAAAUUUUAACGAAUGUUGGACACUAACUCGAUUCGUUCACUAUUUCUAAACUAGAUUAUCACUAAACUCCACAUUAUCUCCUAUUGGAAUACAUUUGGUUAUACCGUAAGAUUCAGUGGAUAAAGUUUGGACAUUGGCCCAUAAACAUUUUAUUUCUAAUAAGAUCAAGGAAGUCUCCAUAAAAAUGAUUCAUAAAUGUCACCACAUGUGGCGCUUUUUACCAAGUUUAAAAAAGAUUGAUUUUAACUCUUCUUUUUGCCAUGUGCCGCCUGAAACUGUGCCUCAUGUUUUCUGGUAUUGUACACUCACUUUCUGGAAAGACUUUAUAUGCUUUAUAGCAACACACCUAUGUUCAAAUGAUGUUAUUUUAAGAACACGUUAUUUUUGAUUAUUUUAUGCAAGAAAAGGUUAAAAAAUAUAUCUGCUUAAUUUAUUGAUAAUUAUGGCUAAAUAUUAUAUACGUAAAUCUAAGUAUUCUAACAAAAAACAGAGUUUUAUGUUUUUCACAAAGAAAUGGUUUGUAUAUUAAAAAUAUUGAAUCCUGUACCAAAACAAAAGCUGUUAGGACAGUCGAAGCCUGGACCUGUUUGACUUCUUCAUUUUAAUGUUUCCUUUCUUUUCUCUCUCUUUUGUUACUUCCUGGUAAGUUCAAAUUCAUUAUUCUGUAAUUCUCAGUAUAGGUUCAUUACUUGGAGUGAUGAUCCUUUGUAUGUGCUAAAUUUGGACAAUAAAAAAUAAAUAAAAACUUGAUGUAAAGUUUUAAGAGGAUGGCUUCUACAAAAGGAGAAUGAUCCUAAACACACCUCUAAAUCUACGGUUACAUUUAGAGGUAUUAACUGAAGAUUUUGCAGGUCACAUGACCUCAACAUCAUUACAGAUCUAUGGAUAGACCUGAAAAGAGCCGAGUGUAACAGACAUCCCACAAGUCUAGAAGAACUGGAGGACUUUUGUAAAGAAGAAUGGAUAAAGAAUCCUC